AUGAAGUUAUCGAUACGCCCAAACUUAACAUCCUCGCGCUCAGCCACGGGCGCUUUCUCCUCUUCUUCUUCUCAACCUUCCACGGGGAAACGGCUGAGAAGACCGACGGCGAAGGUCUCUCUUUCUUCUUCUUCGCGUCGGCACUUACUUAAGCCUUGGACCUCAUCAUCAUCGUCGUCGUCGUCAUCAAAUAUCCACACCGCGAGGCGGAGAUUUUCAAUCUGUGCCGCAUAUAAUAAUAAUGAUAACAACAAAAAGAAGAGUAGCGAUUUCAGUAACUACGGAGAAGAAGAUGACGAUUUUGAUGAACCAGUGCCUGGACCAGGAGGCCGUAUCGAGUCAGAUGCCAUCCAAAGAAACGUCAGAGAUUCGGUGAUUAACGCCAUAGACCAAAGUCAAAACCGGAGAGUUACGGCCGGAGACGUCGCGUCUUCCUCAGGCAUUCAACUCUUCGAUGCCACGCAAGCGUUAACUGCUUUAGCUGCAGAUACAAACGCAUCUUUAGAGGUUACAAACGAUGGCGACUUAGUGUACGCUUUUCCGAGCGGAUAUAAACAACUGUUGCAAGCGAAGUCGUUCAAGUUGAAAACGGAACCGACGGUGGAUAAGGUGAAAGAAUUUCUUUCUUAUCUCGUGCGCGUGUCGUUCGGAACAACGCUCGUGGCAUCUGUUGUUAUUGUGUACACGACCAUAUUCGCGCUGUUGUCCUCGCAAAGAGACGACCGAAAUGAUCGAAGAUCGAGCAGAGGUGGUGGCAUGAUGUUUUUUGGUCCUCGAUUUUACCCGGGGGAUAUUUUCUGGUACCUCGAUCCGUACUAUUACCGUCGACCGUACCGGUUACGCGCGAAAGAUGAGAUGAACUUUUUCGAAGCGGUGUUUUCUUUUGUCUUCGGGGACGGUGACCCGAACAACGACUUUGAACGCGAACGCUGGGCGCUCAUAGGACAAACCAUCGCGAAAAAUGAAGGGGUUGUCACGGGGGAACAGUUGGCACCGUUUUUAGACCGCGAAGGUUCCGCAGAACUCUCGGAUGAAUCGUUCGUAUUACCAGUGUUAACUCGUUUCGAAGGUUCACCGGAAAUGGACGAUUCUGGGAAUAUUUUCUACAGAUUUCCAGCUGCGCAAGUCACCGCUUUGGAAAAGAAACAACAAAAUCGAUUAAAACGUGAUAGCGCUAGUAGUACAAAUGGAUUGGCGAAAGAGGAGCGUUGGUCGUUUUCUCUCGCUGAUCCGAGCCAAAAAUUCAUGUCUGCAGCACUCGGCGUCGCUAACUUCGUCGGCGUGAUCUGGUUGAGUAGUUUGAUGACGGAUCCCCAAGUCCUCUAUCGCAACGCUGAGUUGGUCCAAUCAGUUGGUGGUUUUCUGCCGGCGUUGCAAGUGUACGCGGCGCUGUUCUUCGCCAUUCCAUUUUUUCGAAACUUUAGAAUCGGAAUGAAGAAUAAGCAGAUAGAUCGACGAAAUACCUUACGAUUGCAAUCCCUGUUGCGUCUGGAGCGCCCGGACGAAAAGCUGCGCAGGAAACUGAUGGAAGCGAAAUCAAAGGCGGGCAGAAAAUUCGUGUCGGAGAAGGAUUCCAUAUUCUCAUCGUCGGGGAAAGGCCAAAAAGACGGCUCGACAUUCGAGUUGGAAGAUUUCGAUCGUCGCUUAAACAAUGAGAAGAAGUAG